UCUAUAUUAAGGUCAGCUGUGACUCAGUUACUGUCAUAUGUACAAUCAAUAAGGAAUUCCAGGUGUGAUAAACAAUACAAAACAUUUACAAUCAUUCUGAUCAGUGUGCAAGAAAGGAAAAUUUAAAUAAAUUCAAAAAGCAAUUUGGAAUAUUUAACUGUGGAGAGAAAUAUUUAAAUUUAGUGUAACAAAGCGUGACCUACAAAGCUAUUAACCUGUGCUUGUAAAACUGAAUAAAAUGAUGACACAAAGUUGAAUUACUGGUGUUCAAAAUUAAAGAUGGUGUACAACAUCUGACAGACCUAAACUUCUGUAAACAGCAAAGUUUAUUUCCUGCUUUCGUGAAGGAGUUCAGUAUGGAUCAUAUCAUCAGAACUGUUCCCCUUGUAUUGUUCCUGGCCACAUCAGUAGUGUCGCAGAGUUGUGUUUCUCCAACAAGCAGCUGUGAUUGUUUCCAAGAGAAUGGAAACAAAAUUAUCAACUGUCGAUAUAAAAAUUUGACUGAAAUUCCAACAUUUACUGACACAAAUCAAGUUUAUUAUGAAAUACGAUUUACUUCAUCUGAAGAGACUGGAAUGUGUCAAUCUUCUUCUGGCUGCAACAAUAUCAGACAGAUAGGAGCAAAUGCCUUUGCUAACUUGAAAGUGAAGAGAAUAGAUCUGCUAAAUAAUCCUAUAACAACAAUAGACCAUGAUGCUUUUGAUGGUUUAACUCCAGAACUGGAAGCCAUUUCACUUGAAGGAGAUGGAUCAAGUGUGAUGCCAUACCAAGCACUUGCCUCUCUCGAUGUACAUCUAAAAAAUCUGCAUCUUGAAAACUAUGGCCAUCAAGUUAUUCAGUCCCCAAUUGUCUUUCCAUUUCCUAAUUUAGAAUCCCUUACAAUUAAAAAGUGGACAAGACUUGACAGUAUCGAUGCAGCUGUAUUCGGUGUAAUGCAGAAUUUGACGGAACUGAAGUUAAUCACAUUAAAAAAUCUUACUACUCUUCCAGUGCCUGCAGUUCAAAAGUUUUUGAAGUUAACAUCUAUUGAUAUUAUGGACACUGGUAUAAGAUCUAUUUUUGGAGACACAUUCACACCAAUGUCAGUGCUACACGAUGUCAAAAUACGUAACAAUAUAUACUUAAAUACAAUAGAUCAAAGAGCAUUUAGUGGAAUUACUGACACUGUAGAAUACUUAGAUAUUGACAAUAAUAAUCUAAAUGGUGUAAUGAGUAUUGAAUUUCUCCGAAAUGAAAACUGGCCUGUUUUAAACCAUUUAAACAUUGGAUAUAACUACAAUCUAAAGAACCUUCCAAGUGGAAUAUUCACUAGAACUCCAACUUUAGCUUACCUAACAUGCCAGGACAUUGGAUUAACAAGUAUAAACAAAGACAUGUUAACUGGACUUUCAAAUCUGCAUACGCUUGAUCUAGCAUAUAAUGAAAUAAGAACAGUUUCAACAGAAACAUUUAAAAAUUCACCAACUUUGGUUGAACUUCGACUGCAUGAUCAGCACAAUAAUGACCAUAUAGACUUUCAAAAUAAUGCAUUUAGUGGAAUUGAAACUUCCAUAGAGACGCUUAGUCUUUUCAAAAACAAGUUCAAUGUUUCUCAAUUUUGGAAUGACAUAUCAAGGCUGUCAAAUUUGUUAGUGCUAGAAGUUAUGGAUACUGGUAUUGAAAAUAUUCCUGAUAAAGUUUUCAGAAAUAACGUAAAACUUACAGAUUUACACAUGGCUGAUAACAAUAUAACUUCAAUAAAACAAGAGACAUUUUAUGGUCCUAGAGAUACUCUGAGGACUAUAGACCUUCAGAGAAACAAAAUACAAACAAUUGAUCAAUGUACAUUGAAUGACUUUCCUACCAAACCAAAGCUGACAUUGGCAGGGAAUCCACUGAACUGUGACUGUGAUUUGCUUUGGUUAUAUGACUGGUUUAAACUGCAAAGUGACCAAGACAGAGUUGCUUAUCAGGAUAUAGGAGCUUGUUCAUCACCACCUCUUCUUGCUAAUAAAUACUUCACAGAAUUCACUAGGAAUGAAAUGUGUGCUGGCGGAACUUCAGUCGUAACUUGCCCAGACUUAUACCUAACAACAACAACAUCCACCACAACUACCAGCACAACAACAACAACAACAACUCAAAGUCCUACCACACCACCUUUGCCAGGAUUUGAGCUUCGGAUAAAUAACAGGGAAACUAACUCUAUUGAGGUAACUUGGGUGAUAAAUGACAGGACACAUGUAACUGGUUUAAAAAUUGAGAUGAUCUCUAAUUACCAAGGCAAAAAAAUCGCCUAUCCAGGACUCGAUGCCGCAUCACACACAUUCUACCAGUUGAGGCCGGACAACACUUACACUUUCUGUCUUGUGCUUAAAAUUGAAAAUGCAUACCGAGAUAGUAAGCCAGACUGCAAGAAUACGGAGACACGCCCACUGUUCACAGAUACCAAACCAUCCACAACAACACUGGCACCAGAGUCAGACUCUCAGCUGGGCAUCAUCAUUGGUGCAUCUGUUGGAGGAACCGUUCUUGUGGCUCUUAUUAUAGCUAUACUUGUGGUUCUCCUUAAGUCUAACAAACCAAAGAAAAGGAAACCCCUGUCUGAGCCUGUAAGCUUCACCAUGAAAGCUGAUGUUCCGCAUGCUGGUGGAACUGCAAGACGUUAUGGCAAAAAAGUGGAGAAGGAAGGUGCUACUCCUGAUGAUAUAAAUAUAACUGUAAUAUCAAAUGGAGAUAUGAAUAACAAAGGUAGAAUAUCUGCUGGUAGUUACCAAGCUUUAAAUGAGAAAGGUGUAGACUCUCGGCCAAUGCCUUCAUCACCGGGACAUUAUACAAAUAGUGUUGAAGAUAGACCUUUACCAAAGGCUCCCUAUGGCUCAAAAGCAGCAACUGGACAUGGAUAUGUUAACACAGGAUAUAAAAAUAGUGCAGAACAUUUACCAGAAUCUUCCACAAAUGAAUAUAGUGAAGUUCGAUACUGACAAAGGUAAAAGUUCUGACUUAACUGACACAAAUGGUUGUGAGAUAGUGUCAUAUUCAACCAGUGCCAAUAUAUUUUCAUAAACUCAGUAAUUUGGUAACACAUAUUUCAAACAAACAGAACAUGUCACUGAAGACUACAGAAGUGCAGUCCAAAACUGCCCUAUGUUUUAACAUAGAUUGUUAUAGCAAUAAUGCGAGAUAUACGCUUGCGGAAUAAUUUCACAUUUUAUGCAUGCGGCAUAUAACUAAUUCGUAUUCUGCUUAAUAUCAUUUUGAUUCUAAUAUGGUUUUUUAUGUAAAUCAGUAGAUAAAAUAGAGAAGCACUAUUUCCUGGUGCAUGUAUUUCGCCAAAUAUGGGAGGUCGAUGUGAGGUUAACUUAUAACUGUGUUUUAACAGUGUUAAAAAAACAGAAAGAAAGAUGUCCUGUGGACUAACUUAGGAAUGAAUAGAUGUCCAAUGAUUUAUUUUUCGCGCCUUAUAACCUAAACCAAUUCCAUUAUAUCAUUUCAAUUCUGAAACAUCUUUUAUAUAAUAUAGUAGAUUAAAUAUAGUAGCACUCUUUGGCGCCAAAUAAUACGCCAAUGUGACAUCAGAUUUCCAUGUUUUUAUGGAAAUGUGCAUAGAUUUUGUUAUUAGAAUAUUCCUUUGUCACACUUAUUUGCAGGCUUUGUAAAUUGUUCAAGAUUAAGAUUGUUUUAAUGUAAAGAAAGCAAAAUUUUGAUUGACUAGAAUGUUUAUAUCUAUAUGUGUUGAAGUCUAAAAAGACAAAUUAUAUGUUGCUCGUUUUACAGUAACUGUUAGACAUGUAUUUAUGAUCAUGUAAUAUUUUGCUCUGUCUCUUGUUUAAACGUGAGGCUUAUUUUAUCUUUAUGUUUAUUACACACAUUCUGCUAAUAGACAUGAUGUUUUUAAAAACUGUAUUGACCAUACUGUCAGAUUUCAUACUUUUGGUUCACUUAUUAAAUCAAACAGAUACCAGGAUUAAAUUAGCAGUAAAUUGCGGAUCAUGAUAUGAUAAAAGAAGGUCAACUAGCUUCGAUUUUUCAUUUCAUGUCUGUUAGUAUCUACCUAAACAAGUCAUAUAAAUCUUGACCGAAAUAGGCUGUAACUGAAAAUAACUGAAGAGCAGUUAUUUGGUAUAAAAAUCUACUUUUCAAGUUUAUCAAAAAAUAAAAGGGCUUUGGAAGGAGUGAUGAGACUUUCCGAUGUACAUGCUAGAUUUGCUUAAUUAUAUAUACAGUCAAACUUUAAAGGCAGAAAUUUACAUUAAAUAAAAUUUAGAUGUGGACUUCAUUAAGACGCAGCUAAGAAACAUAGGAAUCUUGAAAAAGAUACUAAAGCCUUCCAAAGCCUUGAUAACUUUUAUGUUUUUCUAGUUUUUAGGAAAGUACUUAUUAAUCAACAUAUAUAGCAGUUUUGAAAUCCCAUCACUGCUUGCAGAAGUAUAACUGUAUUAAUGUAUGUUUUAUGAAAAUACCAUAGUUAUUAAAUGUAGCUUAAAUAUUUCAUUAUGAAACAUCUGUGAUAUUUCUUACAUAUCAGAAAAAUUUUACUUGUAUAUAGCCCAGUGUAUAUUAGAACAUAUCAUGUACAUAUCAUUUUAAACAUACUUUAAAAUACAUUCCAGUCAAGUUUUACAAUACAUUGUAUCUUAUUAUAAUUUUCAAUUACUGUAUAAAAUAUACAUACUGAUGUGAGAAACAAAAAUAUUGCAAACAAUAUAUUUCUUAUAAAUGUUAAAUAUAUUGAAUAAAUAGAAAAUGUAAUUUAGCUUUCACAUUAAAUUGAAGCCACCUGAAUUCAUGCAUGAAGUAGUGUAACUAGACAGUUAGUCUAAAUGUUGUAGCUUUCCUUUAGAAUUCAUUGUAUAUAAUCCAUUCUGAUCUCAUUUAUGAACUAUUUAUUCAGGAUAUUAUACAUACAUUUAUCUUCUAACAUUCAAUGCAUGAAUGACAUGGUACCAAAGAUUCAACUAUGCAUAAUUUUAGCAAAAAUUUGGACAAAUAGUUUGGGGCUUUUACUGAUAGAUGUUAGACAUAAUAUGCCAGCUAUGGAAGAUUUGUCUAGUUGUAUAGUUAAUACAAAGAGUAGCAAGUUCUUACAUUUCUGAUUUAUGACUCUUGCAAGAACAGAUGGCAGUGUGCUGCAGAGCUGACAAGCUCUCUCUCUCUCUCUAUUCAGGAAGCUACAUUUUUGCAUCCUUUUAAGUUCACGAGCAUGACAGAAAAAUGUCUUUAACCUUUACCCAGCAUUCAAUUUGAUCAGUACCAUUUAUUAUUCAAAGGGGUUUUUACUAAAAAUUUACUGACAGAAUAGCGAACAGUGCAGACCAUGAUCAGCCUGCACAGAUGUGCUUGCUGAUCUUGGUCUGUGCUGGUCGCAAAGGCAGAAUCACUUGCCACCAGCAGGCUAAAGGUUAAACAAAGUUGUUUUCUUGCGACACUCUUUGUUUAAAGUUUUUUAAAUCAGGACAUUAACCUAAAAAUGAUUGACCGUUCGCUGACUGUUUUUCAAACUAAUGUAGAAAAAGUGUCCCUCAUGACUGUGUAAAAAAUCAUAUUACAGAUGUGUACAUACACACCAUUUCCAUUGUAUUUGAUUCUGUUAUGAUUUAUUUAUCAUGCAUAUAUUUGCAAACACUUUUGUACAAAUGUUUCACAAUUGUUGUGAAAAUUGUGUAAUAUUUUAUAUAUAUCUAUACAUGUACUGCUAUUUUUUCAAAGCUCUUAUUAAAAGAUUAUCUAUACAUACCAUUUCAAGAUUAUUCUUGACAAACUUGUUUAAACAGGAAACGCAUUUUAAGGGAUCAACAUAUUAUAGUAAAUUAUAAUGAUUUUGAUGUUCCCUAUUAAAUCUGGUAGCCAGCUUUAGAAAAUCUUGUGCCUGUUACAGCAUGCCAAGCAGUGUAUGUAAAAUAAUGGGACCAAAUACAUGAAACCCAGAAAUAUGUAAAAGCUGUUUAUUUAAAAUACAUUUCUUAUAACCAAAAUCUGACACAAACAGUGUUUUAUGCUCUUAAAUAUAUUUUUAUUACUGUAGUGUGACUAGAGAGUCCUACUCUUUCUUUGUGAAAUAUAAUUCCAUAACUUAUUUCAUGGAGGGAAAAAAUCCAGGGAUAUUUUACUAUACUGGUAUACAUUGUCCAUGAACUAUAAAUUUUCUUAAUGCUUUUUGUGCACUUCAAGUAAGAGGGGAUACUUGAACAUUAACAUGACUGACAGUCCAUCUACAACAUAAAAUACAACAUUUUGCUAGGCAUGUACAUUUGUCAAACCAUUUUCUGCUGUAAUUAUCAUAAGUAAGUUGUGGGUGUAAUGAGAUGACAAUAUAAAACCUAAGACUUUUUGCGACACUGUUUAUUUAAUAGGCUUCUUUUUCCACCCAAAAGCAUUGUUAGCGAUAUUAUCAAUUAGCCUAUUUGUACAAUUUCAAUUUUUUGUAGAACAGAAGCUUUCACUGUGUGUUGUUACCAUAGUAACACCAUUUGUUUCUAGGAUAAAUAAUUUGCAUAUCACUUCAUAAAAUAAGGCAACAGCUUUACCGGAUAGAUAAUCAAACACAUGAUACUAAUUAUAUUAAGAAUAAUGUUAUCUAUUACAUACACUGAAUUUUAUAUGACAUGAUUUUUCAUUUUUAUCUUUUUACUAUAUUGUUCAACUUUGUUCAUGUAUGUUAACUAUUGUUUAAAAUGAUAUAUAUAUUUGUUAUUUUCACAUGUUUGUUUCAGGAAUGUUUUAUACAAGUUACAAGAAUACUAUAAUCUUUGAACAAUUCUGGAAAUUAUAUGUAAAGGAUAUAAAAUCUGAGUAUGUUUUCUUUCAAAGAGGUUCCAAAUCACUACAUUUAGUAAAAUACCUCUGCCUGUUUUUGGAAGAGGGGUCUAUUUUCCAAACAAUAUCUUAUUCAAAACUGCUAGAAAGAGGAAUAAAAAUUGUGUAUAUCUUC